AUGCCUACGAUCUUCUCGCCAGUCGUGAAUACUCGGCGGUCUUCGGUGGGUACCGAGCGACGGCAAUCUUCCAGCAAAAAGCGCAAGAGAGUGAAUACAACAGGACAAACGAGAGAGGAGCAAGAGCAGGACGAGUUGAAGGUCACCAACCACACAGAGAGGAGUAUUACUGAAUUAGAGUAUGCUGCUGUCGUUUCUCCCCCGGAAAGACUCCAGCGCCGUGUUGCCGGCCAACCGCUGGAUCAACUUCCUCCCGGAGUACCAUUCCCGCAUGCUCAAAUACCUUCUUCAAACCGCCGCCGCGGGGAUACGCUGCGCAGUGAGAAGAAGAAGCAGUCGCCCAACGACUCGUCUGAUGCGCUAGGUUCUCUUCAUCUUCAACAUCUCGCCGCUCUGACUGCGAUAGUUCAUCGCAGCUUACUGAAAGAGGAUUUCCCACGAGCAUCGCGAGCCCUGGGCCUCAUGUUUCGAGAAGACAUGGUAAUGAAGAGUGCUGCUGUCCGCAAUCGAGGGUUUAUGGGCAUUGCUGCCGAAGUCCUUUUACGGCAAGGCUGCCCAAGUGAGGCUGGUCCUGAGUCCCGGACAGUUGCAUUUCCAUUUACUCGAGAGGGAUUUGAGAACGCUAAACGGUUCUAUGAGAGGCUUAUAAUCAGGCAUCCUUAUCAUAAGUCCUGGCCAGACUCUGUCAACGCCAUCGAUUUCUACUUGGCCAUAUUCAACAUUUGGAUCUAUGUGGUGCACGCGGAAAAUACAACCCACGGUGCGAUCGCCGGGGAUGUUGACAGCGAUGCAGAGUCGGCGACAUCUUCUGACCAUGUAAUCAGGAAAUAUGCUCAACCUCGUUCCAAGGUGAGAGAGCUCGAGCAGGCUAAAGAGAUUGCAUCCAGAAUCGAGGCUUGUACGGCCAGCAUGCCCUACUCGGACGAGCCUGAACUGAACAGACUUCGUGAGAACGUUAAGCUCUGGAUCACAGAUCUCCAAGCAGAACUCGCUCGAAAUGCCUCCCCCCUGGAUGGAUCUCGAUCAGAACCAGAAACCAAAACCAAGUGA